AUGUUCCCAAGGUCCUUUUCCAUUUUUUUUGCGGUUAUUGCCAGGGGAUUAAGGACUAACUGUAAAACACUAAAAUCCUGGGAACUGGCCCUUGGACAGCUGCAAAAAUACACAUUCAGAGAAUUAGAAGGAGAAAAAGAUUUGGUGUAUUCAAUAGUUGAGUGGAGCUACGACAAUUUGGAAAGUGUCGAGGCUAAGUCACUGCUUUUGCUUUGCAGUUUGUUUCCAGAAGAUUAUAGCAUUCCAGUUGAAUGUUUGGUCAGGUACGGCAAAGGGCUAGAAUUGUUCAACGAGAGAGACACGUUAGGUGAUGUAAGAUGCAGAGUAGACGUGCUUGUUAAUGACCUCAGGAGUUACCAUUUGUUGCUGGAUGAUAGUGAAAGAGAAGACCAUGUAAAAUUGCAUGAUGUCAUGCGAGAAACUUGCUUGAAAAUUGCAUCAAAAGGCGAGCAUGUAUUUUUGGUAGGGAAUGCUACAGAGGAAGAAAGGCACCAACUACCGGAUUCAUUUGGUCCUUAUACGGCUAUUUCACUAACAUUAGAAGGUUCCAUUAGACUAUUUCCAUUUGGCGAGGAAUGUCCAAGGCUUAAGCUAUUGCGUUUGGUAUUCCAAUCAGGCAAAGUGAACCUAUCAAAAGAUGCUUUCGAAGGAAUGGAAGAUCUCAGGGUCAUGGAGUUAAACAAUUCACACACAGAAUUUUCGCUAUCAUGGCCAGGCCAAAUGUUAACGAGCCUUCGGACAUUGUGCCUGGAUUAUUGUGUAUUGGACACUGGAACGUCAUCAAUGCUUGGAUAUAUGAUGCAAUUGGAAAUGUUGAGCUUCUUUAAAUCCAGACUUCAAGGUGAUCAGUUUCCAGUAGAGAUUGCUCGGUUGAGUAAUUUAAAGUCGUUGGAUUUGAGGGUCGAGCGAAGUCAGCAGCCGUUGCCUCAUGGUAUCCUGUCAAGCUUGAAGAAACUAGAAGAAUUGUACAUGGGAUCUCCUCACCAUUUGCGGCUGGGGAGAGACAAAGAAGAAGAAAGAGGAUGCCUUGAAGAGAUCGCAUCACUCUCUUGCCUUGAGUGUCUCCAAAUUCAUGUCUAUGACCUUAACCUCCUAUUUCAGUUAUUGCACCAACUUCCUAUUCAGAGGUUGUUAAGAUUUCACAUUGUAGGAGCUGAUCAUAAAAUUAACCGGAAAGAUCUUACUAGAGAGUAUCAAUUUCGGAACAGUUUCGAACUUAUCUACUAUCGGUAUAAUAAGAGGAGGUUUGUAUUUAAACAAGCAUUGGAUCCUAUAGUUAGCAGCAUUGUUAAGAGAGCAGAGAAUCUCACUUUUGAGGGCGUGCCCUGCUUGAGGAAUCUGGUGAGCGACUUGGAUGAAGAUGGAUUUGUCAACCUGAGAAGGCUUAAAUUAGACCAUGAGGUACACCAAUGCCUUAUUGAAUCCACCACCAAUUUAGUUGCUCGACAGGUUUUAGAAAAUUUGGUGUUCAUGGAAUUAGGUCAUGUGAAUUUGGAAGAAAUAUGUCGUGGGAAUCUUCCACCUCGGUGCUUCAGUCAACUUCGGGAGAUGAAACUUAAGUACACAAAUAUUAAGCAUUUGUGGAAGGGGCCGAUUGAACCUCCGUCACUUUGCAGCCUCAGAAUUGUUGAGCUAAGAUACUGCCAUCGAUUUGUAACUCUCUUCUCACAAUCAACGCUGAAAUGUCUAGUGAAACUCCAAAAGCUAGUAGUUCAUCAGUGUACAAACUUGGAAAGCAUUGUCAUGAGGGAAGAAAGUGUGAACGAGGAAGUGCUUGAGCUACCCCUACUCGAAACUUUAGUGAUGCAAGAAUCAGGCUGCUUGUGUUUUGACUCCAAACGUGAAACAGCCAGAGCUUUUCUCAACCAGGUCUCUCUCUCUCUGUGUUUCUUUGUCUCUCUUUCUGAUAUACUUCCUUUGUGUCAAAGAAGUAUUUGA